CCAAGAAUAGAGGAAGAAGCAAACGAAGAAGAAGAAAAAAAAAAAGAGCGUUUGAAAUAUUUGCGGAGAUACAAAGCUGUGUGAGAGAGAGAGAUUAAAAAAGAGAAAAAAAAAAAAAGCCUUGGAGAAGAGGUCUUCUUCUUCUUCCCUCCUCCUCCUCCUCCUCCUCUUUUUAUAGGAUGUCGUAUCGCUCUUCUUCUUCUUCAUCUUAUUAUCUUCGCCGUCGUAUCGCUUCCGUUUAACACCGAUCUCUACCGUUGGAAUCUUUUUAUUUAUUUAUUCAGCUUUCUUCUUCCGUGGAGAGAUCUCCUUCGCGCUUGAGAGAGAGAGCCAUGCCUACGUUUUCUGCUAUUGCUUUGGAUAGAAUGAUAGAGCCAGGGGCUUCCACAUCUGUCGAGAGUGUUCCAACCGCGUUUUACUCAAAGCCGCCGCCGCCGCCGAUAUCAAAACUUGAGAAAGGUAAAGGUAAAUUACCUAACGAGAGGACGACGACGACUCGUCCUCAGAUGUCACCUGCUCUCUACGCUACUCCUGAUGCGAUACCGCUUCCCAAUUCGCCAUCUUCUUUCCCGCCUUCGCCUUACAUUAUCAACCACAAAUCACGUGGACCUCCGCGUCUUCUUAAAAGCUCUUCUGAGGCUAAUGUUGUCUCUUCUUCUUCUUCUUCUUCUUCCCACCUGAAGAAAGAGGAAACUAUUACUGCUGCUGAAACUGAUUUAAAGGUUUCCCCUCGGAGGAGGUCCACCUCCUUCUCCUUUCCUAUCAGUGAGGCUACUGAAGAGGAUUUUUCCAGUGGAGUUCAUGCUCAUCAUGUUGGUAACUUUCAUUUUGAUGGUCCUGUUGGGAAUUGGAGUCCGCUUGACGGUAAAAUUGAGAAUGGAGGAAACUCAGAGUUGGAGGAUAAUGCUGCCAAUGGUUUGGAUAGGGAAAAUAAUAAUAUGUCUGAGCCUGUCACUAUCAAAACAGACAAGGAGAGUGAGUCUGAAGAUUUCUAUGACCCAGGUGAAUCAGCAAGCUUCACAAGUAACACCGAAGUAGAGGGUGAUGCUGGAGAGGAAGGUUCACAAAGACUUGCUACACCUGUGGGAGAGUUUUAUGAUGCUUGGGAUGAACUAUCAACCGACAGUGGAAUGCAGAGUUCAGUUAACAACAUCGAAUCUGAACUAAGGGAGAUAAGGCUUACUUUACUAAUGGAAAUCGAGAAAAGAAAACAAACAGAGGAGUCUCUGGAGCAGAUGCAAAUUCAUUGGCAGAGACUCCGUGAACAGUUGGCUCAGGUUGGUCUGUUCGUUCCUAUUGAUCCUACCGCCUCCACCAACAACAUGAAUCUAGCAGAAGAACUACGCUGCCAGCUCGAGGUUGCUAGGUUUGUCUCUGACUCUUUAGGCAGAGGUAUGGCGAAGGCGGAGGUAGAGAUGGAGAUGGAAUCUAUGCUCGAAACUAAGAACUUUGAAAUCACACGGUUGUCUGAUCGUGUACACUACUAUGAGGCUGUGAAUAGAGAAAUGUCCCAACGAAACCAAGAGGCCAUAGAGGUAGCACGACGAGAGAGGCAGAAGAGAAAGAAGAGGCAGAGAUGGAUUUGGGGAUCAAUUGCAGCAACCAUUACUCUAGGAAGUGCGGCAUUGGCAUGGUCUUACAUUCCUGCAGCCAAGCCAUCAUCCGAAGUAUCACAACCUUUUAAGGAUGAUUAAGUAAGUCUCUUGUCUCGGUGACGGGUUUGAUGCGAGCAAGAGAAAUAAAAGAUACAGGACGUUUACCGUACGCCUUGUGAAUAGAAAUAUAUAUAUAUACAUAUAUUUGGUUAUUGUUUUAACUGUUCUCAAGAGGAUGUAUAGCUCCGAGAAGCUGCAAACACUUUUUUUUUGCGUUGGCAUACUGAGUAGCAGCCACAGUCACUAAUAUUUGGUUCGGUUUGUUUCCUGUUAACAGUCAAUGUUAGCUCUAGUGUAAGGUGCUUGGCUUUUGCUUACAUGUCAAAGAAACCUUACAUUUUUGAA